UUCCCUCCUCCAUCCUUUAACCCACUCGCCAUUUUGAUUAAGCGUAGUCGAGCAGUAGCGAGACCACACGACACAUCGUUGAAGCUUUACGUCGACCUAAACAUCGAAACCUGAGACGAUCUGAGUAUUAAAAGCAGAUAACAAUGAGUGGUUGCCGUGUCUUCAUCGGGCGCUUGAGCCCACACGCCAGGGAGAGGGACGUGGAGAAGUUUUUUAAGGGAUAUGGGCGGAUUCGAGAAAUCAACCUGAAGAAUGGAUUUGGCUUUGUGGAAUUUGAUGACCACAGAGAUGCAGAUGAUGCUGUCUAUGAGUUAAAUGGCAAAGAAUUAUGCAGUGAAAGGGUCACUAUCGAGCAUGCUCGCUCCAGAAGAGGAAGGGGUGGCGGUCCUGGAGGAAUGGGAGGACGUUUUGGCGGAGGUGGGGGAGGUGGUGGCGGCGGCGGCGGCAGCAGUGGAGGCGGUGGCUAUCGUCCAUCUCGCAGCAGUGGAUCCAGACUGGACAGGUAUGGCCCCCCUGUGCGGACGGACCACAGGCUCAUUGUGGAGAACCUCUCUUCGCGAAUCAGCUGGCAGGACCUGAAAGACCUGAUGAGAAAGGCAGGUGAAGUUACCUUUGUGGAUGCACACAGGCCCAAUAAAAAUGAAGGAGUGGUUGAGUUUGCUUCCCGCAGUGACCUGAAAAACGCUAUCUCCAAGCUUGAUGGGUCCGAGCUGAAUGGACGCAAACUUAAGAUCUUUGAGGACAGCAGAAGCCACAGCAAGAGUCGCUCCCGCUCCCGCAGCUACUCCCGCUCAAAGAGCCGUUCCAGGAGCCGCAACCGCUCCAGGAGCCGCUCCAGGUCUAUGAGUCGCACCCCAGAGAAGAAGGCCCCCGGAGGGGGUCGGGCGUCAGGCAGAUCCCCCUCCCGCUCAAAGUCCCGCUCAAAGUCUCGCUCAAAGUCCAGGUCCAAGUCCCGCUCCAGAUCUCGCUCACGUUCCCCUCCACCUGCUCAGAACAAGCAGUCUCGCUCCCGGUCCCGCUCCCGGUCCCGUUCCCGAUCUCGCUCUCGCUCCCGGUCCCGAUCUGCCUCUGCAGACAGCAAGCACUGAGAUCGGUGCACCAGUUGGCUGUGAAAUAGACUGAUAGUUGCUCACCACAGGCCACUGUGGUGGCAUGUGAUUUAUUCUUUCUUUUUAACGAAGGGCAGGAAAUCUCCAUUUACAUGGCUUUUUUUUUUUCUUUUUAAAUAAGCUCUUCAGUCGUUGAUGCACCACUUUUUUUUAUUUUAUUUUUUAGGUUUUUUGUAUUAGUUUGGAUGAGCUGCCACAGGUAAAUUUGUACUGCCAUUACUUCAUUUGUUUGCCCCAUUAUAAAAAAAUAAAAAAACUUUUUACUUUUGCAGAAAUGUUGAGUGAAUUCAGUGAGGAUGCGCGUUAGUCCUGCAGCCGGUCCUCGCUCUCUGCCAUGUUAUGAUUCCAUCCACUCCUGUGUGCUUUUUAGCCGUUAAUGGUUCGGUUGGAAUGGUAGGAGUUUCCCAACAAUGGUCAUGGAUGUAUUUUUUAUUUUUGCAAAGCUGGCGCCUGGCUUUGUCGUGAAACUGUGAUUAUUCUUCUGAUCUACGCAUUUCAUUCACUGCCCUGAUGCAUCACAGAAUAAUGCAAGCAUCUCCGUUGGAUUGAUUCAGCUUUCUUGUGUGACUAUGUUGGAGUCUGGCUUUUUUUUUUUGUAUAGAUUCUGCUGUACCAGGGCCGCGCGUGAUUCAUCUUCGUUGCUUUUUAUUAACUAACUAAGCCUCGGUGUGACGCAAAGCGUGUCGUGGGUCCGCACAAAGGUCUGUUUCAGCAGGAAGAAAUGUGUUGGGUUAUUCAUUUGAUACUAAUAAAGCUCACUGCAUAUUGUCCUUUAAUUUGUUUCGUAAUGUUCUGAAAGAACUUUUUUUUUUUUUAAUGUUUUGUGAAUUUGACUCGUGUUCAAGUUUUUGCAGUUCAUAAUAAAGUUUUCACAAACCAUUA